AUGGUCUCGGAGAGCGGUUCGGACGGCGGCCUGUGCGAGUGCCUGACGGUGCGCUCCCCACGCUUGCUCCGGCGUGGCAUCCCACGCUCCCGCGCGCGGGGCUCCUUUCGGGUCGGUCAAGUGGGUGUGAGCAGCUUUGAGCAGUUCGUCCGGAGCGAUGUAUUCCACUAUAUGGCGAAUAUGCCCCUUCGCUGGAUGCUGGUGCUCUACUGUGUCGUCUAUGUGGCCAUGUGGUUGGUCUUCACCUUCUGGUGGCAACGGGCCGCCUCUGGCUGUGAGGAACGCCCCUUGACCUUCCGUCGAGCUUUCAUGCUCUCCCUGGAGACCAUGACCACUAUCGGCUAUGGCGUCGCAGAUCCGAUGUUCGAUGGCUGUCGCGAAGUGAUUCCAUUGCUGGUGGUGCAGUCCCUGAUUUCACUCCUCAUGGACGCGAUCUUCUUGAACAUGGUUUAUACUCGCUUCUCCUCCGCCUUCACCCGCUCGGCCAGUAUCAUUUUCACGGAUGUGGCGGUGGUCUACAUGGAACAGGCCACGGUGAAGCUCUGUUUCCGUGUCUGUGAGGUGGCCAGGAAGCCCCUGAUCGAACCGCUGAUUCGAGUGUACCUGGUGAAGCAUCAGAAGCUUCCAGACCUGCCGGAACUGGAUGGUUUGGAGAGUGACGACCGGGUUGAUGUGGAGGUGCAUCAGAUGGCACUGGAAGAGCCCAAUAUCAAUAUCGCGGAUGGGAAGCUCUUUCUCACACUCCCUUGCAAGGUCGUCCAUUGCUUGGACUCCGACAGCCCACUGUGCUCAGCAAAGAACUUGGACGAGUUCCAUGAGGCAAUGCAGCGCACGGAGUUCUUCGAGGUCCUGGCGGUUCUCAGUGGCACCUGCCCCAUCACAGGGAACAGCUUGGAGGCCCGGCAGUCCUACACCGCCAGCGACUUGCGGGUGGACUGCCGUUUCUCGCCGUGCGUUGUUUUGCGGAACGAUGAGCACGUGGUUGACUUUGAAUACUUCCAUCGGACUCUGCGAGAGAGCUGGAAGUGA